UCCACGGCCAGCUCCGGCGGCCGGAGACGAGCCUGCGUGGCGGUAGCAGAGGCGGCACUCAUGGCUGCGUGACCGGGUACCCUACCUCAUCGGUGGCCAUCGCUGGGUAUAGGGGUAGAACGGUCUGUCUCUGCCCGAUGGAAGCAGAGGACGAGUACUCGGCCGGGUGCUCCUUCUCCCUCAUGUGCCAGGAGGACGGCACCGACCUCGACGACGACGGGUUCGCCGGCGACGGCCGCGGAGACCUGCUGCUGAUCUACAAUGCCGCCGCCGGCGAGGACGGCGACGAUGAGGUGGAGGAGUACAUGGACCAUCUUGUGUCCAAGGAGAGCGGCUUCUGCUCCUCGUCGUCGUGCUUCUCCGACGCCGGCGGCGGCGAGUUGGCACCGCCGGAGAUGGAGGCAGUGGAGUGGUUCCUUCGCGCGCGCCGCGCCACCGUCAAGUGGAUCCUCGAGACGCGAGGGUGCUUCGGGUUCUGCCACCGCACGGCGUACCUGGCGAUCGCCUACUUCGACCGAUUCUGCGCCCGGCGAUGCAUCGACAGGUCGGUGAUGCCGUGGGCGGCGCGGCUGCUCGCCGUGGCGUGCGUGUCGCUGGCGGCGAAGAUGGAGGAGUACCGGGCGCCGGCGCUGUCGGAGUUCCGCGCCGGCGACGACGACGGCUACGAGUUCAGCUGCGUCUCCAUCCGCCGCAUGGAGCUGCUCGUGCUCUCCACGCUCGACUGGCGCAUGGGCGCCGUCACGCCCUUCGAGUACCUCCCCUGCCUCUCGUCUAGGCUCCGCCGAGGCAACGGCGGCGGUGGCUCCGGCGCCGGCGCGCUCGUCUCCGUCAAGGCCGCCGCCCUCAUCUUCUCCGCCGUUGAAGCGGCGAGCGUGCUCGACCACCGGCCGUCCACGGUGGCCGCCGCCGCCGUCCUCGCGGCGACCCACGGCGCGCUGACGAGAGAGACAUUGGAUCCCAAGAUGAGCAGCCUCUCCCCGUCUUUCCUCCUCGACAAGGAGGACGUGUACGCGUGCUACAGCCUGAUGCUGAGCCAGUCGACGACGCCGGCGAGCACCACGACGACGACGACCGGCAAAAGAUCGUCGUCCUCGUCGUGCUCCGAUUCCACCGACGCCGCAAGUAUAUACGACUCCGCCGCCGCCCCCUUCGAGGCGGCGGCGAGCUGCGACAGCAAAAGGAUGAGGCUGGAGCUGCCGGGAGGCAUCCACCGAUGAGCGGCGGCGCCGGCCGGGACACGCAUGGUUUUUGUCAGUUUGUCUUGGGCGCGCACGCCAUUGAUUUCCUUUUCCGAUUACCUUACAAUUUUUUUCCAGUUCUUUGAUGGACGCAGCAUUGCCAAACAAGUUGUUCUUGGCACUGCUCCCGGAUUGGAUUGCCUUGGGUAGCUUGGUUAAUUCCAGCGUGAGAGAUCGAGACAACAACAAAACAACCAAAAAAAAAAGAACAACAACAACAACACCAACUCAAAUAAACACAAGGAUCAAGACAGUGAUCAAUGGAGCUUGAGCCUGGUGAUGAGCUUCUCCUAAGGAGAGGAAGAGCUCAUUAGCUCAAACUCAACUAGCUGGCCAAGUGAUUGUGAGAGACACCAGUGACCGAGAGUGAGACUGCAAUACUGUAUCAGUUCAAUGCAAGAUGGAAAGAAAACUCUGCUGCCUGUGCAUGAACGAUGGCGAACUCAGGAAGGAGUCAAAGGAGGGAGAAGCUACUAGGUACAGUGGAGAACAGUGUAGCUCUGCUGAUAAAAAGAGAGAAAGAGAGAGAGAGAUUAGAGUACUAAUAAUGAUAUCCAAUCUAUAUCUGCCAGUUCAAUGCAAGCGAAGGAGAGAAAGAAAGCUGCUGCUGCAGCAGCUGCAGCUGCAAGUACCAUGGUCCAUGGCCUUAACUCUGAUUUGAUCAAAAAGCCUCUCCUGCUGCUGCUCAAAGUGUGUGCUCGGCCGGUGCGUCGCGCAUGGCUGGCUGCCUGCCGAAUGCAUGUGGCUGCUUGCUACACUGCUGCUGCUGCUGCCUGUAACUUGUAGCGAGCUGCUACUAUUGUUGUAGCCUUACCAACUUUUGCAUUGCCUGUAACUAGUAUCGUCUUGUGUGUGUGAGAGAGAGAGAGAGAGAGAAAGAGAUCGGUGUUUGGGUAAUUCAGACAGAGCUUGUCUUGCAAAGCUUUUCAGUCUCAUCAGUGUGUAAUGUGAUAUACUGAUCUCGGCUCUCUCUGAGACUCUGAAAAUGGUGGUGUGGUGUGGUCCUUUGGAAUCGAAUCGAUCGUGCAGCAGCAGCAGAGACGACCGGUUGCUGUUGCCGCCUGACGAGUGGAGUGGGAGUUGGCAAUGCCAAAGCCGGGCAACGCAGCAGAAUCCGAGGCGACUUUUGCUCUAUCUCUUCUCCGGUGAAUUCCUGAUUGCAUUCCUUCACGUUUCUCCUCCUCUUGCCUCUUGGUGCAAUGCUCCAUCGAUCGAUGAUCAGUGCUACUACCACUACUCCUCGAUGGCUUUUGUGUUGGAUCUUUGUAUACU